AUGUUUACAUUUAAAACUAAAAACAAAUCAACCAAAGCAUCGAAGAAGGAACAACAACAACAACAGUCACUGACUCUUCUAUCAACUACAACAUCAAAUAGUGAUCAUAACAAUAACAAUCACAACCAGAAUGAAUCACAAAAAAUAUUACAUAAUGUUCCCAGUGUAUCAAAAAUCGCACCAAUUCCAUCGAAUCAGUCCAGUAGUGUUUUACCGAUCUUAAGUUUGGACGGACGAGAUUAUGCUCAUGCGAAUAAUACAAAUAAUGAUAAUGAUAACAACCGUGAACAAACAAAUGGGAAUCAUUCAUUACCGGUGAGAGGAUAG